CCUCGGAGUGUGAAAUGACGUCAUCAGCUAAUGGCGUCAUUCCCAGCUUCCAAAGUGGAACGUUUGAGCUGGAAGCAGGUGAUAUUGUCGAGAUGCGCGUGGAUGGUGUGACGCACCUUCAUAAUUCUGGCCAUAAAGCUGAAAAUGGACGUCUUGGUUAUGCUUGGUCUGCUUGUCCUAAUAUCAUCGUCGCAUCCAUUGAGCAUUCCCGAGUUGACCACCAGAGGGAGCCACUAUGAAGUUGGACAUGAUAUGGGUUAUACAUUCAAAACAGAAAUAGACGAGUACUUCUCAAAGAGUCGACUGCACACCAAGUUGCUUCCCUUUGUACAUACAACACAAGGCAGUGAGUAUUACAAGAGUUAUCUGUCCAUAGUGAAGUCGUAUUUCCCACAGUAUGUGGACGAGAUGAGGGGAAUAGCUGAUGGAGCAGGAAGAAUGUUUAUAGAGGUGUUCACUCAGGUGAUCAGUGCCGAGCUGUAUGCAGUAAUGAAACUCCAAGAUGAUUACUCUGGAUGCAGUGAUGUGUACGUCAAUUUUCCCAACAGUGCAGCAAUUUGCCACAAUGAAGAUGGUGAUCCUCUGGUGAAAGAUCGGGGCUAUCUGGUUCAUGCCAUUAUAGCAGACAAACAGUCCGGCCACGUUCUCGAGAAUUUCACAGCAUACACGUAUCCAGGGAUUCUGCCAGGAAAUGCCUUUGGUUUCAACAGUCACGGAAAGGUGUUCACUGUCAAUGCUUUGUAUCCUAGGCUGGUGAAGCCAAACCAAAUACCCAGAUGUGUAUUGUCCCGGGCAAUGCUGAGCAUUAAGACUCGUGUAGAAUUAGAAGACCUCUUUAUGACAGGACUUGGUACUGCGUAUGGGUUCAAUGUAAAUUUUGCUGACUUACUAAAUACUACACAGGUGUUUGUGGACUACGAGAUAACCCCACAAAAUGGAAAGAAGUCCUCCCUAGUAGGUAGACGAGAAAUUGGUGUACAGAGAAGUCCUCACCAGAAAACCGAUCAAACUGGACGUUAUUUCCACUUUAACAUGUUUGAAAUUCUCAACGUGUCUCAGUUUUCCAAUUCGAUUGUGAGUUCCCAGCACAGAAAGGCGCGAGCUUUCAGCCUGCCGUCCCCCAGGGACAUACCGGGCGCUCUGAACAUCCUCGGGGACACCUUCGACGCCAAAUACCCCAUCUACCGGUCGCCGCGACCCACCGAUGAUGAAUCCACAGAAGCUACAGCUGUGUUUGAUGUUCUACACUGUCUUCUGUACAUCUACAAGACCAAUCCGAAGUCAGGCCAGCCUCUGUUGACGAUAACUCUACCCAGGGGACCGUUGUGUCGUGCAGUGUAGUGUACACAAUAGGUUCUGAUCAACCAGAGGUUCCAGCACCAAAAUUACCCAAUUGUCUUUCCAAUCAAAAUAAAAUGUCCUGAUUUUAAAAACUC